AUGGAUGAGGAAUAUGACUGUAUCGUUCUGGGAACAGGACUAAAGGUUAGCUUCUUUAUUGAAGUCUGAAAAAAUCCCGGUUGUUUGUGGUGUGGUUCUAUCAAUAUGAGUUAGAUCGAGUAGUAAUUCACACACCCUUUCAUUUAAACGACAUUUACAUGGGCAUGACCCUCGUGAUUUUUGAAUUCAAAAUUAAACUUUAUUAACUUAAUAGUAAUCUAUGCUAAAACGAGUACGUGCAGAGUUUAUACCCGAGUCAAUUUAUUAGAUUCCCCUGGUUUUAAGAGCAACAUUUUAGUGUUCUUACAAAUGAUCAUAAUAUGGGGACUGUGUCUUUUAAAAAAAGCCAGACAUCCCAUGUUUCUUUUGCUUAAUACUUUGCCUACAUUCAUGCAACUUUCGAAUCGAAAGCGAGUUGUACCUAAGCGAUACACUUUCAGUAUUUCGAAACUGUUAUUAAAGCUCAAUUUCCGUGCAAUGUUCAUUAUUAAACGCAAAGAUUUGUGGUCGAUUGGACAGUAAAAUGCAAUUUUAGUACUUUCCAUUUCCAUUCAAGUGGAUAAACCGAAACCUAAAUUGCUCAGUACUGUACACAUGUGGGCCUGUGUAAAGUUCCUUCUAUAUUUAAAGGUUUUUUUUCAUUCUGAUGCAAAUACUUUGUGAGUAGAGCAAUAUGUUGAUUGUGAUUCUAGUAAUAUAAUACUCGAUUUGAAAGUACAUGUACUGACUGUUGUUUCACAACGCUUCAAAACCAUUUUAUAUUAUAAACCUCUUAGUAGAUGAGUUUGAGGUCCAUACUGUAAAUUACGAAACACACUUUUUACGUGGGUCAUAAAUCAAUGGGAAAAAAACAGGAUCCGUAGUUUACAGCAUGGACCGUGAAGGCAAGGCUAGUAAGAUGUUUAUUAUAUGGCUUUCUGUUUUGGGGAACCAAAAACAAGUGCAUGUCAAGUCAAUUAAUGGUCAUUUGACAGGCAUCACAAAAAAACAGAUUUUAUUGGCUCACAAAGACAAUAGCACUUUACAAAAGCUAUCCAUUGAAAGUGAAAUCAUAAUGCAAAUGCGCCAAGUCGAAAGUCAGUCAAAACUAAGAACACUGUAAAGCUUAAGUUCGCUUGGUUCUUUUGAAAACUGGAUACCGUGUCUGGCUCGAAAUCUCUUCCAUCUUUCUUUUGUUGGUACUUAAAAAAACACUGCAUAUCACAGAAGCCUGUCGAGAUGAUCAGGUGCAGGUAUGUUUGUUAAUUUCAUUGUCAAAGGAAUUUCUUGUGUUUCUUUCGGAAAAGGUGUUGAUCUCUGCAAGUCCAUUCUUGUCUUCUUAACUGUGACCUACACAGUUUACAAUAAAAUUUUCAAUCAUGGACUAGAAUCCUCUUCUUAACUAAGAUAACAAUUCAGCUUCUUCAUCAGCUUCAUUCUCAAAUAAACACAGGUUAAAAUUUGGAAGGAUGAAGUCAACAUGCAAGUUCUUAGGGUUCACAGACAUAUGUCAGUGCUGGAAAUAAUUUUUCUUGCUUGUAAGGACAUGUGUCCUUUCAAACCUUUACUUUGAAAGGACAUACUCGAAAAUUGGUCGGUCAUUAAUUAGCAUACUGUAUUUACUCAAUUAAGCGCCGAGGCUUUUAUUAAUUUUUCAGGCCUCAAAUGCGGUGCUUAUUGGAGGGUGGCAUCUAUUUGAAAGUUGGAUACAACAAAUAAUAUUGUUUAGCCAUGAUACUGUUAUUUGUGGUAUUAAACUAACAGAAUUAACAUCUUUUGAUUUUGAUUAUAACGGGGCCGUGGCACCGAGAGCCAUGGCUCUUGGUGGCACUUAUCACUUUUUGUCCCAAAUGCGGCGCUUAUUCAAGAUGGGUGCUAAUUCGAGUAAAUAUGGUCAUGCUUUCAACCUUGUUUGCCUCAAAUCUCUUGAUAGUACAUGGCAAGAAAACCUUAAACCCAAGCAAUGAUUUUGGGUAACCCCUUUCAUGAACAUGUUUUUCACAUUGGCAACUGUUAUUUUUUUAAAAGAAAUAACCUUUCCUCCGAAUUUCUCAUGAUUCUAGACAUAAUAAAUCUCAAGCUUUGGAAAAGAAACAAAAUAGUCUAAAUAUACAAGUACAACGCAAAUGAUUGCUUGCUGCCAUCUGGCUGGCAAGUUCAUUAAAUUUUGCUUGAAUGUGAUUUUUAUUCAGACAGAAGCGGGCUUAAUCCAUGGAAAUGAAAAGUUGGUUUAGAACAUUUCUUCAUGCUUAUUUGUAUUUGUUACAUUACAUUGUUGAACGUGCUCAUUAACAAAUUCACCACUGGUUAUUCUGGAGAAAAAGUGCCCAGGACACUGGUAGUUUUGAAAAUGGCAAUUCAGUUCAGAGAAAAAAAAAAUGACAUACACAAUCUUCAAAUGAACAUUUGCGUGUAGUACUGACAAGCCUUAUGUAAUUAAAAGUUCAUCAUUACGGAACCAAAGCAGUGAUAUUUAUUCAUUGAAAAUAUUCCCAAAACCACCAAUAAUGCUGCACAUGUCUUACCUGUAUGACGUGAAUUUGUCUUACAUUGUAAAAGCAUCCCUGUAGUAUUGAAUUAAAAGAAUGUCUUGUUUUUUAAUGGUUCACAGCCAACUUCAAAGGUAGGCAGUCAUCGUUUGCACUAUUGUGAAGAUAUUUUAUUUCAUCUCUCCCAAUUCAUGACUAAAUUUACUUUUGAACAAUGCCUUUCCUUCUGGUGUUGUUCAAACUGGCGAAGAAAUCGCGCAGAAAGUUUUCUUGUUCGUCUUAUAAGGCUUUCUUCAUCUUUCAUGUCGUUGAAACAGGCAGUCAUUAGUUUCAAAGCAUGUGCUUCAGUUGCAUAUAAUUUAUUAGAUUUCUAUAAUUAUGUGGAAAGUAGAGCCCAGUAAUUCCUUAACAAAGAGAACUGCUUCAUUUCGCCAGAUAGGAAGACGAAUACAAUACGUGGAUGUUUUCAAGUUUCCUCAAAAUAGAGAGUCUUUCACUGGAAUGCAAUGUUUAUCUUUUUAUCAUGGUGUUUUACGUUGUAAUAUUUUCGAAAUCAACUCAGGGAUGUUAACAAGCUUCAAAGACAAGAGCUAAGUCAAUUAAGAGCUCGGAUGUUAUGUUCGAUAUGUUAGUCGCACAUUUAGGACAUUUUGAUCGGACAAUGUCCGAUGUCCAACAGUAAUUUCCAGCAUUGUAUGAUAACUUUGUUUCAAUCAUUUUUAGAGUUAAAAACUAAGAUUAUUAUAUAAACACCAAUGAAAUACCAGGUGAGCUUUCGCAUGAAAACUUGAUAUCUUCACAUGUGAAAAUAACGUGUUAUCUUCACAUGUGAAAAUAAUUUAUCACCAUUGCUAUGGCUACAUAAUAAAUCAUGCCUUUCACACCAAAAAACUAUUUAAGUGAAAUGGUUUGGUAUUUCAUUGGUGUUUAUAUAAUAAAUAUAACAUUACAUGUACAUGGCCGCUUGGAGAUACGAAAUUUCUCCGCAAGUGUUGAAAAGUAUUUCACGAGUGAGCGCAGUGAACGAGUGAAAUCUUUUUUCACAAUGAGAAGAGAAAUUAAUAUUUUCGUAUCUCCAUGCAGCUAUGUAAUAAUUUUAUCCUCUAUGUAUUGUUCUGCCAUCUUGUUUGGAAACAUCUUGGAAUAUUGACUUGUUUCAAAUUAAUGUCACCAGAAAGAAUAAAAAAUAUAUGAAAUACAUGUAUAUUAUUUAGCAGUUGGUCAUUCAGUGAGUAUUUUAUAUUUGAGGCUGAUGCUGACAACCUCUUUUCUUCUUUACAGUGCAAGAAUUAUGCAGUGAACAUGUCACUUUAUUAAAAAAAGCAUAUAAAUUUUAUAUGUUUGUUAGUGUUCUUAGUUCACCAAAAUAUUUUAUCUUACCUUGCGUGAGCUAAACUUGUACUUUGUUUGCUAUUUUUUUUGUCCUUUAUGUCAAUGUAACUUUUUAUAUGUCCCCUUGUCAAACUGAUAUUCAAAAAUUUCUCAAUUCAGUUUUAAGGUCCUGAGUUUUUCAACUCGCUAAGUUGUGAAAUUCAAAACAGUGAAAGUGUUGGUUUGUUUGGAAAAGACUUAAAAAGUUCCUUCUUUCUUAGUCACAUAUACAUUGUACUUUUUGUUGAGCUACAUACUUUUCCUUCUCUUUUCUUUAAUAUUUAUGAAUAAACCAUUUUUCAUUAAGUACCCUUAAUGCACAUGGUGUACUAUCCUAUAUUGUCAGGAAGCCUAUAGUUCCUCAGCCCCCGGCUUCUACACUUUACAGCUGUAUAUACAUGUAGCCUUCCUUGCCGAUUAGUGUCUAUCCUCUUCCAUAUUUUAAAAUUUAUUGUGUUUUUGUAAAUUAUAAAAUACAGUUAAUGGUAAUGGUAUAAUAAAUGAAUGAAUGAACCUUUUUCUAUUUUAUAUUAAACUUUCAGGAAUGUGUUCUCAGUGGGCUUAUGUCUGUGAAUGGAAAGAAAGUUCUUCACAUGGACCGACAGAAGUACUAUGGUGGGGAGAGUGCAUCAAUCACCCCCCUGAAUGAUGUAUGUGCAUCGUUUAUUUUUUUUGACAAAUUUUCACCUUGACAGGAUGCUUUGUUUUGCCUUUUUUUGUGUCAUGGAGGUUAUUAAAAUUGCAGCCCGGAAAGUUUUCCCCUCGUUGGUUUGUUUUGGAUGGCUUGAUAGUGUAAACCAGUAUUGUUCAGAGUAAUUUUUUAUCUUAUGUACAGUGUAGUAGGACGUCGAUCAAGGUAUUACAUCACUGGAUGAUUGCACCAGCAAAAAACCCAGAAAUUAGCUUCCUUUUUUUCAGUCAAUUGACCUCAUUGAAAUAAUUUUGGUGCUUACACUGUACAUGUAGUGUUAUUACAGUGUCCAUGUAGUCAUAUAAAAAAUGCUCAUUUAUUGUUCUUGUUUUGAAUUUUAGUUCUUUACAUUGUUUGGAAAGACACUAGAUGAUGAAAACAAGUAUGGAAGGCCAAGAGACUGGAACGUUGAUCUUAUUCCCAAAUUUUUAAUGGCUGGAGGUAAGUUUAUGUUUACGUACAGGGGUUUCAAUAAGAAUUGAAGUAGCCAGCAGAUUUGAAUAGAUUAACGGACUGUAUCAAUUGUCCACAUUUUCAAGGGGUGUCUCGGGGCAUGCUCCCUCAAAAAAAUUAAUUUUUAAAAUUAUUGCAAAGCCCUAAUAAGUGAUUUCCAGCGUUUUGGGGACUAAACUGAGUAUAGUAGAGUGAGUUUUCCGCUCAAGAAGAUUUGGGUUUUAGUCAAAUUUUGAUUAUUUUAUUAGUCACACAAUUAACUCCUGCAAGCAAUGAACAAAUGAUAAUUAUACUAAGUUACGUACAUUUCCGCGUGAACAAAUUAUAAUUUUGUCCAUGGCAUUAUUCAAACUAGUUGCUUCUUCUUUGGAGGAAAAAGGAGCCGACUUAUCUGAGCAAUGUAGGCAAUGCAUUUCGUCGGUCGUCGGUCCUUAUUGAAACCCCUGUAGAUAAGUCAGUAGAAGAGAGUCACACAUCAGGUCAAAUUUCUAUAAAGCUCCACAGAUGACAAAAACAGGGAUUUUACAGCUUUUAAACUCAUUGCUAAUUUCAGUUGAUGAGCUCGGGAACUGGUUCCUAAUAGGUUAGCGAGGGAGGCAAAAUGCGAAAAAUAAGGCAAGGAGGUAACCAGGAAACCCUGGAAGUUGGAGCCACCCCUGCGAGCAGCCGCUAACUGGCACCAUCACACUGAGAAAAACCUCAGUGGAAGAGAUACUUACCAUGUGAAGUACUUACCUGUGCACCCACACAUGACAGCAGGGAGAGAGAUGAGGGAGCAAGAAUCUGCAAAGAUUCGCCAACACAAAGCUUAAAGAUGAUCUGCAACGAUCAGUGAGAGUAGCUUGCAAAAUAAUGCUAAAGGAUAGCGGCCCUGAAAACCCGAAAUCAGCUGCCCUGCACGUCACGCAUGCUAAUUCGGGGACACCGCUGGCAGCAUUGGCUCGAGAUUAACUUAGCCUAAAUAAAAAUGUAGCCACAUAAAAAAUCAGUAGAUUUGAUGCAAGCUGCCGCUAAAAUACACUAGAAAAUAAAGUCACAACAACUGUUUCAUGUAGAAAGCACUGAGACAGUCCAGGGAAUCCCAGAACUGGAGAGAGAGUUUACCAAAGGAGCUAGGGACCUUUCAUACAUAUAAUGAACGAUUGCUGUUUAAAGGGUUAAGCAACAACAACAAAGUGAAUUCGCGCUGUUUCAAGACACUUUUCAUUGUUAAAGAAGUUGCCAUUGUUCAAAAUACCAACGAACCACUCACUAUCUACAGUGGGUACACGUAGAUAGUAUGUUAGCCAAUUAGAUUGUAGAAUCUGUGAAAGUUUGCUAGUUGGUUUCUAAGUUCAAGUUUAUUCGCACUAUUCAAGUUGGUACAGUAUACAGUGUAAGAUGACUUACAGAAUCAGUUGGUUAACAAGUGAUGAAAAGUAAAUAUAAAAUGCAGGUUUGUUGAUAUGUGCACAGUGAGCAAACUAGCCGAAGCUUUCAUGUUGGUCACAGGUAAACUUUCUCUCCAGUUCUGGGAUUCCCUUGGCUGUUUUUCUACCGAUAAAAUUAUUUACUGUUCUGUAUGUUUUAAACAAUCUUGGAUCCCAGCUGUUUAGGUACACUAAAUAGCAACUGUUUAAAUAAAUGUUUCUGAUUUUAGGGGAACUUGUAAAGCUGCUCAUUAUCAGUGGAGUAACAAGGUACCUGGAAUUCAAACAGAUUGAUGGAAGCUUUGUUUACAAGAAAGGCGGUAAAAUUUACAAGGUCCCUGCGGAUGAGAAAGAGGCCCUGGCCACUGGUCUGAUGGGUAUAUUUGAGAAACGUCGAUUCCGAAAUAUGUUGAUUUUUAUCAAUGAUUUUGAGCCCGACAACCCCAAAACAUUUCAAGGUAAGAAUGGCCUUGUUAAAGUAUUAUUCUUGUCUUGUUAGAAUGGCAGACAGGGUUAAGAGUACAACGUACAUGUACAUGUUUGUAUUGGCAGCUUCUGUCAGACUGAAGCUUCAUUUUUUAAACAACUGGGAAAAAGGCCUCUAAACCCAUUAAACAAAGUAACUUCAUUAUUAUUGUAAGUACAGUCUAACCUCUCCUUACGGACACCUCUAUAAUAUGGACACCUCUCUAUUACGAACAGUUUGUUUGGUCCCAGAAAUGCCAAAAAUCAUACAUUCCCUACCUCUAUAAUAUGGACACCUCUGUAAAGCUGACACUCGGUUCUGUCCCUUUGGUGUCUGUAUUAAAGAGGUUUGACUGUACAGUUGAACCUCCCAUAAUCGACCACAUAAAAUGCAAAGAGUUGAUCGCUUACAGGACAUGGUCGCUUACGAGAGUCAAACUGUGGGAGGUCUUUUAGGAUGUGAAGUCCGGAUGCAUCUACAUGUACAGAGUACUUUCUGGAGAGAAUGUAUUGCAUGUAAUUGUUGGGUUGCAAUUCAGUGCUCCAAGGUGCAACCAUUUUGGUACCCUGCGAGCAGAGGCUACAUUUUCGUGGUAUGAGCUGGCGUGCGAAAAGUAGCCUCUGCUACUUUUCGCACGCCAGCUCAUACCGCGAAAAUGUAGCCUCUGCUUGCAGGGUACCAUUAUUUUUGGUCGCCAUGGAGAGUAGAAAAAACUUUUGGCAACUAAAAUUGCAGUGAAAGUCACCAAUUUGGCGACCUGUGUUCAGCAUUCAUGUGCCAAGCUAUUCCCAAGAAAUUCCUGAGAUUUUUCGAGAUGCGUUUUUCUAGUAGUUAGUGUUUGUGGUCUUUUUAAGUUAAAGUGAGAUAGACAUUUGUAUUAAAUAUCAUUUAUGCUCUGUUUUCUUUAUAAUUUGCCUAUUGUCACCCUGGUUCUCUGGGUAUUAAGCCUUCAGAUGUCGUGUGCACCCAUUUUGAUUCUUUUGCCAAAAGGCAACUUUAAAAAAACUUUAGCUUGGAGCACUGCAAUUAUUUGUAAAGCAAUGUUGUUUCUAAAAGUUAUUCUUGCACUCUGAGUAGGGUAGUACACCAACAAAAAGAUCAGACCAUUGUAUCAGGUGGUCACUCAGAAGAGGUUAUCGUCUACAAGAGGUUAAAACUAAAAGGCUUUGACUAGGAAACUUUUGGCAUUUUGGAUAAGGGGUCGCUUAUGGGAAGUGAUCACCUCAUGACAGGUGGUCGCACAUGGAGGUUCGACCGUAGCUAAUGUUAAUGUUGCAGUUUUUGACAAUAAUAUUAUUGAACGAAGUUGAGCAAAAUAUCAUGAUUAAUUGUCGCAAGCAGAUCAUAUAUUUGCCAAAGCUGAAGGCUGAGGCAAAGAAUUAAUCUGCGAGACACUGACACAUCAUGAUAUUUUGUGUUUGCCAUUUUUACGCAAGAGUGAUUGCAAGAUGGAGAAAAGCCUGGUUUCAUUUACACAUGAGCAGAACAUUAUUUGCAGCCAAACACUUAAACCACAGUUGGACGACAUUGCGCAUGAGCAGACCAUUAUUUGUAGGCAGUUAUUUGCAGGUCACGUGGUGGGCUCUCGGCCAAUGAAAUGGAAGAAAAAUUUGCAUCAAAUUAUAAUUUUUAUUCCAGUUAAUUUUUGUUUUUCCAUUGUUUUUGGGUAUGGUACACUGUAAUGUACACUGUAUGCUUAUGAUUUGAUACAAAGAAAAAUAAAAAAUUGACUGACAUAAAAAAUAAACUGCAACAUUACUUCACAGGACAUGUUAUUUGAUAAAUAAUUUUCAUUGAAUUGUAUCUUCUGGACCAUGCAGGGGUUGAUCCUGAGAAGACAACAAUGAGAGAAGUGUAUCAGAAAUUUGGUGUAGAUGACAACACAGCAAGUUUCACAGGACAUGCCUUGGCUCUGCAUCUUGAUGAUAAGUAAGUUAUGUUUGAUCAGCAUCCAUUGAGGUUGAAUAUUUUUUUGAAGUUAUCCAAUGACAAGUUACUAGUUUUCAAAUGAUCGCAGGCUCAAGUUUAUUGUUUUUAAAAAUUCUUUUGAAAAAUGUUGUGUUUAUGUCAAUAUGGCCCUGCACUAUUAAGAUUUUGAUUUCAAACUAACCUCAGACCUGAAGAUUCAGCCAGUUAUGUAAAAAUGCAGGCAGGGAAGACCUUUUAUUACCGUGGUCACACUUUAGUCAAGCUCUACAGGUGAUAGGGUGCAAAGAAAGUCAAUUUUACAGCUUACCAUUCGGGCAAGCUGUAGCUAGCAUGCACUAGCCAAUAAGUCAUUUCAACUAGCCCCAAAACCCUUUUUGAUUAGCAGGAUUGAUCACAAUCCUUCUGUAAUUUGCAUUUCCCCACAAAAACAGCACUUGCCCGUCAGGCAGGUUAAGAACUAGCCCAAUAGCAAAAUCCCCUAGGCCUGGGCUAUCAGACAAAACCGUCGCAAAGUCUCUUGCUGACGGUGUUGUACACUGCUUGCGAUUCUCGGCCUUUACAUGAAGAGAAUCAAUUAUGAUUCAGCAACAGUCGGUUUUUAUUGAACAAAGAAACGUUUCAUUUCAGAAUGAUAUUUCACUAAAAAGCAUGAGUUUAGGAGUCUUGUCAUGAGAAAAGUUUAAAAAAAAGCGAGACUCAUGGCAUCAUGGAAUCGUGAGCUUGGACCAGCUUGGCAGUCAAAGAGCAAUUGCUGAUCUUUUCGUCAUGUUUAUUGCCUGGACGAGUCAAAAAGCUUCAAAAGUUCAUAAGCUUUUGUCUCAAAGUUGGCCAUAGUGCUAAUUUGAAACAUUCAAAGUCCACAUGAAGAAAACUUAUUGUCCUGCGACUCCUGUAAAAUGUACAAAAUCAGCACAUCAUGGAAUGGGAAUGAUCUACGAGAGUUGUCGCUUUGAUAUCAGGCGCUUUCGUGUGGAGCCGACAAAUGGCGUCUACAUCUGAGUGAAAUUUGCAAAUCACAGUGCCCACAAUAACUUGUUCCUUACACUACGGGUAAUCCACAAGUUAGCAGUGAACUACAUUGGGAAGGUUAUCUACUGAAAAUGGUUCUGCAGUUGAUUGUUGGAUGGCACUUUGGAACUUAAUUGUCUCCCUGUGACAAGAUGUCAUCCAUUGUGUUCGUGAGCCUAUUAAGUACCCAUGUACUGUAUGUAAAUUUAGCCUCCGUAAUAGUCACAAAGCCAUUUUAUGUAACAUAUGUCAGAACUGGACACAUUUAAAGUGCACUCCUUUUACAUGUGAGGAAUACAUAGCUUUAUCUAAUACUAACGAAGAUUGUUCUGCUCAGUUUGUCUUGCCACUCUAUUUCCAUUUAACCAUUUUGAAGAUGAUACUGAUUUCUUCUUUGCACUGUUUGACUUUAAUUUUGAAGGCAAUUUUGAUCCUGAACUUCUUAAGCAAAAAGUGUUGAAUUCCUCUUUUGAUGACCCUGAGACAUCUCAUCUGCUAAUGAACUCUAACCUUGAUCCUAACCCCAAUUUUUUUACCGCAAAUUCAGAAUUACUUUUGAACUGUACAUUUGUCUAACCUCUUCAGAAUUUAACAAAAUUCCCUUUUCUCCUGAUGCAUUUUCUGCUUUCCAUAUUAAUAUCCGGAGCCUCCCUAAACACUUUGACGACCUGUCGGAAUAUCUUCUUUCAUUAAUAUGUUGUUCUCUGUUGUUGCCGUUUCUGAAACCUGGUUACAUAAGUCUAAUUCUGAUCUCUUUAAUAUUCCUGGCUACCAUUUUACCUCCAAUUCAAGAGAACAUAAAUUAGGUGGUGGAGUUGGUCUUUACAUUCAGUUUGAUAUGAAUUAUUUUUAAGCCUAGGAUUGAUCUUCAAACUUCUGACAAUUCAUUGUACGAAUCAGUCUUUGUGGAAAUCAUGUGACCUCAUGGUAAAAAUAUUAUUGUUGGCUGCCUCUACAGACCUCCCGAUGCCUCUUUUAAUGACUUUAACUGGUCUGUUGAAGAUAUCUUGUCAGCCAUCAGUUUUGAGAAUAAGCUAUCUUAUAUUAUGGGUGAUUUUAAUAUCAACAUCCUCAACUCUCAUUCUCAUCAGCCUACAAAUGAGUUCAUGAAUCUCAUGACAUCUAAUAGCCUCUAUCCUUUGAUCUCCAAAUCAACUCGCAUAACUUCCUCACCUGCAACUCUGAUUGACAACAUAUUUACAAACAAUCUUGAACUUAACAUGAAUAGUGGUGUUUUUUACACUGACUUAUCUGAUCACCUCCCAGUUUUUCAAGUUACCCACUUGAAAAUGAUUGUUGAGCCACCACGCCAAAAGAGAUUUGUACGUCUUAUUAACUCAACAACUACGUCAGCCUUCAGGUCUANAUUCUGAUCUCUUUAAUAUUCCUGGCUACCAUUUUACCUCCAAUUCAAGAGAACAUAAAUUAGGUGGUGGAGUUGGUCUUUACAUUCAGUUUGAUAUGAAUUAUUUUUAAGCCUAGGAUUGAUCUUCAAACUUCUGACAAUUCAUUGUACGAAUCAGUCUUUGUGGAAAUCAUGUGACCUCAUGGUAAAAAUAUUAUUGUUGGCUGCCUCUACAGACCUCCCGAUGCCUCUUUUAAUGACUUUAACUGGUCUGUUGAAGAUAUCUUGUCAGCCAUCAGUUUUGAGAAUAAGCUAUCUUAUAUUAUGGGUGAUUUUAAUAUCAACAUCCUCAACUCUCAUUCUCAUCAGCCUACAAAUGAGUUCAUGAAUCUCAUGACAUCUAAUAGCCUCUAUCCUUUGAUCUCCAAAUCAACUCGCAUAACUUCCUCACCUGCAACUCUGAUUGACAACAUAUUUACAAACAAUCUUGAACUUAACAUGAAUAGUGGUGUUUUUUACACUGACUUAUCUGAUCACCUCCCAGUUUUUCAAGUUACCCACUUGAAAAUGAUUGUUGAGCCACCACGCCAAAAGAGAUUUGUACGUCUUAUUAACUCAACAACUACGUCAGCCUUCAGGUCUAAACUGGAAGGUGUCAACUGGUCUUCAGUCUAUUCCAUUAAUUCUGUAAAUGAAUCUCAUGACACAUUCUCUAGUCUUCUUACAUCGGCAUACAGUAUGUCAUUUGCCAGGAAAAAAUUCUUCCAUGACAAACUGCUCUCUGUCAGUUCAGAUUUAAGAAAGACAUGGUCAGUCAUAAAACAGAUUAUCUCCAAAAAGGAACCUGCGCAACGUUUCAAUAACAUGAAAGAAAGUUCUGGCUCAUACUCAAAUCCUGCUCAGAUAGCUACAAAGUUUAAUAAUUUCUUUGCUAAUGUUGGUCCUUCUUUGGCAAAUAAAAUCUUUCCCACUCAAAUUACGUAUAGAGAGUUUCUGAUUGGUCAUUACGCAAAGUGUUUCUAUCUUAACCCAACUUCUCCCGCUGAGGUUGCUAAUUAUAGUCCAUUCUCUAAAAAAAUAGUAAAUGUGAGGGUUUUGAUGGCCUCUGUAUUUCCCCUAUAAAAGAUACUAUUGAUUUAAUAGCUGCCCCUUUGACCCAUAUCUGUAAUCUGUCAUUUUCUCAAGGUGUUUUUCCAGAUAAGCUCAAAACAGCCAAGAUCCUUCCCAUCUUCAAAUAGGGGUGACUAUUGCACCCAUUUUGACUAUUGCGAUAGUUGAAACACCAUUGCAAUGGUAUUGCGAUAGUGGUGAUACUAUCGCAAUACUAUUGCGAUAGUGACAUUUUAGUGUGACAAUUAGU